CCGGCUACCACCACUAACCAGCCACAUUUGCCAUCACUACUACCAUCACCAUCACCCCAUCUUUGUUGCCACUGCCACCUCUACUAUCACUAUCAACCUCUACCACGAUCAAUUUCCACCACCAACAAACUUCGCCAUCACAACUAGCACCACCUCUAACUAUUACUAUACAUUCUUCAGUCCCACCAUUACUGUCGUCACCUCCAUCACUAUUAUCAACCACUACCCUCCAUCAUCAUAACUAGUACCAGCAUCAACUACCACAAACACAUCAUUAAGUACCGCAACACAUUCUUCAGCCACUACCAUCAACAACACCAACGGCUAACAUCAAUCAAUUUCACCACACAUUCCAAUAAGGUCACCAUUCAAAAAGUUGUAAAAUAGAUAUAAGAUUGUGUAUAAUAAACCCACCUUUUCCUGAACUCCGCUACUCAUAGCAAAACUUAGUUCACCGCGCGAGCUGCACUUUUCUAGACAGAAGAUCCUAGUGGAGUAUUAAACAUGAUGAUGAUUAAUCUUUUUGAAGUGAUCGUUCAGGUAGAAAACAGGGGAGAAAUUCCCGUCUAUCUGAAAGAGAAUUUCCUCUAUGCACUGCCAGGCCGCCACAGCCUUGUGAUCAGAGUAGACCCCUUCAGCACAAAGGUUAUGGCGGCGCAUACGUUUUUUGCCCGCAACAAGUCCUUUGGGAGACCCUCUACCGUAGAGGUUCAUAUAAAUGGGAAAUUAGUUCAGCGCUUGACGCCGCAAACCUUUGUGCAUUACCCAAAGAUCAUCGUUGAUGGUUUCACUGAUGAAGAGGGAUCAACCAUCCGUGUGGUUCGUCCUCAACGAGGUCUCGAACUCUCUCGUUUGAGGGCCUUCAACUUUCUUGCUAUGGGAUUCAAAGAAAGAAAGGAGGUGUGGCUUGUGAAGAAGUAAUAGGACUCAGUCAGAUGCAUGGAUACUGCAGGCUACAGCUAGAAAUAAAGCAACAUUAUGUUUUUGUGUUUUUUUUUUUUAAAUUAUUGUUAUGGAGUAUGUGUGGUUCUUUUUAAUUUCU